AAUAGAUGAUAUUGGUUAUGCUAUCCUUCAACCCGGGACCAUGAUCGCUCUCACAACACGUUGAUUCCAAUCAUCUCCGCCCUCCGGUGACUUCACCAUCUGUAUUUCACAUCACUGUCCAUGAUUCUGCCUAGUUCGAACAUCCAGUGCCGCCCUCAUCGCGAUCCCUGAUUUUUUGUCCUUUCAUUCCUCCGAGUGUCUCGACUACGAUUUCAGUCGAUCCCCAUCGGGCCGUACCUGGCGAUCCUUCAAAUUUCCGCCGCGCCCUCGACUUCACAAUAAUGCCCACCUCACAACGAUCCGCGUCACCCGCAAGCCCGGGGCACGCGCGCCGACGCUCCUCCGCAUCGCAUCGCAGGCACCCGUCCUCUUUAGACCUAUCACGAAUCACGCCGCAAAGACGGUCAUCGAAAUCCUCGUUUCAGUAUUCCCCGAUCACUCCCCGAAGCGGACAUGGCAUGCGGGAUAGCAUGACCUUCGACACCCUGGAUACAACUGGCGAUGGCGAUAGAGCACGAACGGGUAGUGUGGUAGCGGAGAUGGGCGGCGGGAUGGAGAGUUUGGCGGAUGAGCUGGGCGAAUUUGGAGACGAGGGGUGGAGCGGGGAAGAUGAGGAUGAACUGGAUCUGGACGAUCUUACGCAGAGCGGGAUACUAGAAGAACCAGUCGAAGCCUCGAUGGGCUCGCAGGACCAUGAGAUGACAGACGCCUCGAAUAUGCUUGAAGGAGAUGGAAACGACGGAGCGCAAAACGCGGAACCAAAACCACCCGGUGGACUCCUCAAGCCUUCCACAUCGUCUAUAAAUCGAAGAGCUGCGGCGUACGAUGGCUCCGAAUAUGGCUCCGCGUCAGAGAGCGAUGGGGGCGUGCCCUAUCUGAUAUCCCGCGAUCUUGAGCGGGUGAUUCAAGAAGUUUGCACACUGGCCACGGUCGGGCAUCCCUUGAUGGCAACAUCGAACAUCGCGGGGUUAAAAGAUUCUGGUCCAGUCGACGAAGUUAUCCCUCGAGUGGUCGCGCAGCUUCAAAACCUUGGUAGCCAGGCCUCGGUCGAGACGGCGGUGGUCCGGCUUCUCACCACUCAUGCAGCACUUACCUCUCAUAUCACCCAUCAGACUCGGACCGUGGCAUCACUCACGUCCAGUAUUCUCUCGCCGCUCACCGUAUCGAUGCUUACCCCCGAGAUAUUGGAUGAGCUCACGGGGAUCAUCCCGGAGCUUAUCCGCGCUAUCCCCAACCCCUUCCCACUUACCGUGCAAGAGAACCCCGACCCCAACGGCAUACCCCCCGUACCUCAAUCCCCGCUCAUAAGCCUCCACAACCUAUCCCGCUCGACCGACUCUCUCCUGGGCGACUUGUCGCAUCUCUCCGAUCAGCUGUUCAUGUCGCGACAGACGUCACUCACGGCCACCCGACGUCUGGCUGCGGCCCGGCAACUCGUUGCACAGAUCCGAGAAGAGGCAGACCUGGGAGAAGAAGGCGUGCGGUGGAUCGAGAGCGGAAAGUGGGACGAGAAGCUUUCUCGGCGUUGGGCAGAGGGCGAAGUGAGAGGGGUGGUCGGAGGCUUCGAGCAAGUCUGCGAAGGCAUGAGGAGUAGGCUGGAGGCGCAGGUUGCGGUAUGACCUUGAUACUGGGUGCCUCUCGCGCUUCGGGUAAGAAUUGGGUUCCUUUACGACAUGAUACACCGGUAUAAGGCGUUCUAAAUGAUGGCAUAUGGGGAAGUCUUGGGCUCGGAUGGUACUAGGCCCUUGCCAGAGAUGCUUAUGAUAGACUCGAAGGAAGUUGAUACUUAGAAUAUGAUUUAUACGAUAUGUGCAUAUACAAAGGGAGUUGAUUGAAUAGGUAGAAUCGGCGUAGCUAAGGGCUGCUACGAUGUAAGAACUUGAUGGAGUUUUGAGUAUUAAUUAUUCCGGGA